AUGCCGGGUAAGAGAAGUAAGCGCUUAAGGCAAAGUGAAGCUGGUGCAGAAGGAAAUCUAAACGCUUCAGAUUCUAGUAACGUAACGUUACCCUUAAUUAACCAGAGUAACGGCAACGAAGUGAACAUGGACCUCUCAAUGUACGAAGAGCUGACGGCUCGUUGCAAUGAGCUGGAACAACGUUGUGCUACGCUGACGGAAAGAUAUGAGAAUUUAUUGAGAGAGACUAGCCCCCAUAACUCUUCUAAUAUUGCACCUGUCACGCAAACGGCUAUUGAGUAUGUCAUAAAUAGAGAAGAUUCGGUGCCUAAAUUCAAAGCGGAAAUAUCGGCAGCCUUCCCAUUAAAGCGUAAUCAAGAAGUAGAAUCUUGGUUACGGGCCAUAGAGAAUUUAGUUAAACCUGCUAAUGAUGAAGCGUAUAUUCGCGCAGCGAGAGCUUCGUGUAGAGGGACGGCAGACUUGAUUGUUAAUUCUCCUGUUUUUGAUGGCAUACAGAACUGGGAUGAUUUCAAAGCUCUGGCAAGGUCAAAGUUCAGGGGGACUUGCUCUAGUACUGAAUUUUUUAAACAUUUACAUGGUUCCAAAUUAAGUCAUAAUCAAGCACCGUUGGAUUUCUUCAUUUCGGUUGAGGGAUUAGUUUAUCAAGGAUACCGGGAUUACCCAAUAGCCGUUGGUGUGCCGGAUGAAUUAAUUAGAAGGGUGUUUUUGCAAGGUUUACCCCAUUGGCUACGGGAAGCUAUAGUUUUAAGGGAGGAUGAGGGCUUACCAUCGCUUGUUGAUGCAGCACAACGUGUGUGGAACCUACGCAUUCAUGCUUCAGGUGAGGGACCUUCAGUCCCAGAGCCGGGCACUUUGCACGGCAGUGCCCCUUUCAGCCGCCUCACGGCAGGGCGAGGUCUUCACCAGCACGUGAGGAAUUUCACUCGGGAAGGCCAGAUGAGCAAAGAUGGGGAUCAGAAAACCAGGAAAUCUCAGGUUCCCAAGAUAACCAUGCUGGAGAGUAAAAUUAAAUGGGGUCGUCCUCUGGUUAGGCUACAUGUUAAUGGGAAGAUCUGUACAUGUUUUGUGGAUACUGGGUCUGAAGUGACCAUACUUAAGGAGAGUACAUGUGAGAAGUUAAAUAUAUCGUCUGUCACUCCUAUUGAACGAACAUUUAAAGGUGCCUCAGGUGUUGUAUUCAAUGGUCUAGGUGAAGUUCAUGUAAAAGUUUCUAUAGAGGACACGGUAAAAUGUAAUCACCCAGUUGUGGUUUUUAAGGACAUAUCAUUCCCUGGAGAGAUGUUGCUUGGCAUAGAUUUUAUUCGAAAUUUUAAUUUUCAGUUAGUUGUAAAUCUCACUCCUCCCCAGAAUUACAUGUCUUUUAAUAAUGUGAGGGUCCCUUUCUGGUUUUCUGAUCAAUCAUCUCUAGGUGUAAGACUUGUGAAUAACUGUAACAAUGAUAAUAAUUUUUCACCGAGUUUAUGUGUAUCUCGGUCAGUGAUUUGUCAGCCCAAAUCAGGCUGCUUUGUCAAUACUACAGUGAGCAGCGAGUUUGAUGAACCUAUCGGGUUAGUGCAAGGCAGAACAGCCAGAAUUCUAGUGCCAAGAAGCAUGAGAUGGAACCAAGUGAACCUAUGGCUUUGGACGAUUUUACUGAUGACUUUGAUAAGCAAAAUGCUUAUCAAAGGUAUUGGUGAUUUUGGCUACACUAGUGAUGAUUUUGAUGUCUUCCCCCCAAUGAAGGACCCAUCCGUACACGACAGUGGAGGCUACCUGAAAGUGCCCGUGACACCAUACGACAAGAAUAUCACCCUAGCUGAUACCUACCCCAUGCCCAGGCUUGAUGAGACCAUCGACAAGUUAGCAGGUACCCACUGGUUUACUGCACUAGACGCUAAAUCUGCCUACUGGACUGUAGAGGUAAACGAAAGUGAUCGCCAAAAGACUGCUUUCUCAGACGGUUGUCGUCUGUAUCAGUUCAAGAGGAUGCCUUUUGGUCUAGCCACAGCACCUUCCACUUUCCAGAGGGCUAUCAACGCUGUAUUACAUCCAGUGUUAGGAAGACACACACUUGCUUUUCUAGAUGAUGUCGUUGUAGCCUCUGGAAGCUUUGAAGAACAUAUGGACCAUCUGGACGAAACAAUGGGUCUGUUGGCAAAGGCAGGUUUCAGGCUGAACCUGAAGAAAUGUAAGUUUGCGGUAAACACUUUCAGGUUCUUGGGUCAUCUAAUUACUCCCAAUGGUGUACUUCCAGAUCCGGACAAGGUUAAGGCGAUUACUCAGAUGACAGCCCCUUGUAACGUGAAACAAGUUCGACAAUUUCUUGGAGCCACUGGGUUUUUCCGGAAACACGUGAAAGAUUACGCUUCUGUAGCUGCUCCCUUGACUGCCUUGCUGAAGAAACAAGCGAAAUUUCACUGGGGUCUGGAACAACAGACUGCAUUUGAAGAUUUGAAGGGCAAAUUGGCUUCAGAUCCUAUCCUGAAACAACCCGACUUCAAUCGCACCUUUGAAGUACACUGCGAUGCCUCUGGUGUAGCUAUUGGCGCUUGUCUCAUCCAGCGAGAUGAAGAAGGUAAACCCCAUGCUGUAUCUUACUUUUCCAGGAAGUUACGUGAGGGGGAGAACAAGUUUCCUACCAUCGACAUUGAAGCCUUGGCAGUGGUUGAAGCAGUUAGAACCUUUGAUCCCUACUUGUAUGGUAGGCAUUUUAAGAUAAUCACUGACCAUCGUCCUCUUGUACACGUAUUUGCCCAGAGGACCAAGUCAUUAAGGAUGACUCGCUGGAGCCAUGAGUUGUCUUUUUAUAGUUACACCUUAACUUAUAAACCUGGUGCUUCCCAUUACAUGCCUGACCUCUUGAGCAGAAAGAUUUCUCCCAUUGAUGAAAUCUUGAACCCACAGACCGUUGCCGCCGCUCAGCAAGAAGACCCUCUUUGGAAUGAAGUUCGUGAUUAUUUGCAAGAACGCCGGAUGCCUAGGCAAAGGAUCCCGCUGAAUCUCGAGGAAUUUGAACUAAGAGGUGAUCUUCUAUACCAUCUGAGAGUCCUCCCUGGGAGAGUAAUUAGUCAACUAGUGAUUCCUCGUACACUGAGAACUAGAGCUCUGGAUGCUGUUCAUGCAGAUGUAGCUGCUGCCCAUCCAGGAAUCUUCAGAACCUACUGUCGCCUCAGGGAUCACUAUUACUUUCCUCAAAUGUUGGCCGAGACGAAGAGAUAUGUCAACUCUUGUCUUAUCUGUCAACGGAGAAAAGGCCGUGCAGGAAGAAGGGCCCCGUUAGCUGCCAUGCCAGAAGUUACACAUCCCAUGGAGAGAGUAUCGGUGGAUCUUAUAGAUUUGCUUGGAUCUACCCACGGCAAUAGGUAUGUUCUGGCAAUUAUAGAUCACUUCACCAGAUAUCUGCAGUUGAUUCCUCUGCCUAAUAAGGAAGCCCAGACAGUUGCUAAUGCUUUUAUCAAGGAGUAUGUUACUCUAUUCGGUCCACCUCGUCUACUAGUUGCAGAUAAUGAAGAGAAUUCAUAA